AUGCCGUUCAACACUGCCCUGACGCGCAAGCUGGGCAUUCGCGUCCCCGUGGUGCAGGGAGGUAUGCAGUGGGUAGGAUACGCCGAGCUGGCUUCAGCCGUUAGCAAUGCAGGCGGCUUGGGUCUCCUCACUGCUCUCACUCAACCUACCCCCGAAGAUCUGCGCAAGGAGAUCCGACGAUGCCGCACCAUGACCAAGUACCCCUUUGGCGUGAACCUGACCCUCCUCCCCGCCCUUGUCAUCAUUGAUGAGGGUAUCAACAUUGUCGAGACCGCUGGUAAUAACCCGGGCCCUGUUAUUCAGCAGCUGAAGAAGGCCGGCUGUAUCAUCCUGCAUAAGUGUACCACCAUCCGCCACGCCAAGUCCGCCGUCAAGCUCGGCGUCGACUUCCUUUCCAUCGACGGCUUUGAGUGUGCCGGCCACGUCGGUGAGCACGAUAUUACCAACUUCAUCCUUCUCAGCCGUGCCCGCCAGGACCUGGGUGUGCCCUUCAUUGCCUCGGGUGGCUUUGCCGAUGGUCAAGGUCUAGCUGCGGCUCUCGCAUUGGGUGCCGAGGGUAUUAACAUGGGUACUCGUUUUAUGAGCACCGUCGAGGCCCCCAUUCACCAAAAGGUCAAGGAGGCUAUUGUCAACGCCCAGGAGACUGAUACUGCUCUUGUUCUCCGCCGCUGGAAGAACACAACUCGUCUGUUCGCCAACAAGGUUACCCAGGAUGCUCUGAAGGUUGAGCGUGAGAGCACAACGGGAGAUUUCAGCGAGAUCGGACCCUACGUGAGCGGCAAGCGAGGCCGCCAAGUUUUUGAGAACGGCGACGUUGACUUUGGAGUUUGGACUGCUGGCCAAGUCAUUGGUCUUAUUCAUGACAUCCCGACCUGCGCCGUUCUGCUCGACCGCAUCGAGAAGGAGGCCCAGGAGGCUAUGAAGCGGAGCCAGUCACUGUAUAUUGAUGCUCCUACCAGCAAGCUUUAA